CAUGAUCCGCGGGCACGCAGAGCACGUCUUCCCAAUAUCACGCGUCUGACGUCAGCUGUGCGACCCCCGCAGCACGAUGGCGGCGUGUGUUGCGCGGCGCUGCCUAUCGGCGCUGAGCCGGUACCGGAGAGCUGGUGUUUCGAGCGCUUUGGGUAUUGAGCUACGGACAGCUCCCCUUCGACCCGUGUGUGCGUGUCGUUUUCAACAGGACCGUUCACUGUCUUCCCGAAACAGACCGGAGGGGAAAGUGUUGGAGACAGUCGGUGUCUUUGAGGUGCCAAAGUCACAGGGGAAAUAUGAAACGGGUCAGCUCUUCCUCCAUAGUAUCUUUGGCUACAGGGGCAUCGUCCUUUUCCCAUGGCAGGCAAGACUCUAUGACAGAGAUGUUCCUUCUCCUGUUUCAGAAAAGACAGACACUUCAUCAGCUCAUGGAUCCAAAGAGGUCAAAGGCAAAACUCACACAUAUUACCAAGUGCUGAUAGAUGCACGGGACUGUCCUCAUAUUUCACAACGGUCACAAACAGAGGCAGUGACGUUCCUUGCAAACCAUGACGACAGUCGGGCCCUGUAUGCAAUUCCUGGUUUGGACUAUGUAAGCCACGAGGACAUUCUUCCUUACAACUCCACUGACCAGAUACCUAUUCAACAUGAGCUGUUUGAAAGGUUUUUGAGUUAUGAUCAAACCAAAGUUCCACCCUUUGUAGCGCGAGAAACCUUGCGUGCGUGGCAGGAGAAGAAUCAUCCUUGGCUCGAGCUGUCUGAUGUGCACAGAGAAACAACGGAGAACAUCAGGAUCACAGUCAUUCCCUUCUACAUGGGAAUGAGGGAGGCUCAAAACUCGCAUGUAUACUGGUGGCGUUACUGCAUCCGUUUGGAGAACCUCGGCAAUGAAGUAGUUCAGCUGCGUGAGCGACACUGGCGCAUUUUCAGCUUAUCCGGUACCUUGGAAACCGUGAGAGGGAGAGGUGUCGUGGGCAGGGAGCCAGUUCUGUCUAAGGAACAGCCAGCUUUUCAGUACAGUAGCCAUGUUUCACUGCAGGCAUCCAGUGGCCAUAUGUGGGGUACAUUCCGCUUUGAGCGCCCUGAUGGCUCACAUUUUGAUGUCCGGAUUCCACCUUUUUCUCUGGAAAGCAACAAAGAUGAAAAGACGCCCCCAUCUGGUCUUCACUGGUAGUGUUGCUGGAAGAGCCUCGGAUGCACAGCACUUUCUAAAACCGCAACAGAAAAACGAAGCCACCUUACACCCCGUAUUGUGACAACAAAGCAGUUUGUUAAAUGCUUCCGCAGAAGCCCCCUGUCUUGUCUCUCGGUUGGAAAUGGACAGGACGCCAUCCUCGUCAAACUGAAGCUGAGGUUUCCCAUGUCGCUGAGUGUUCAAUUUUUCUGAAAAAUUCAAGGACGUUUUUGGGGAAUUUUUUUUUUUUGGCCCCUUCCAUCCCUCCCUUUUUUUUCUUCAAUAAAGUAAUUUUAACAGUCAA